ACAGGGUUCAGUCUUACAUGAGUUUUAUUGAAUAGGGUUCAGUCUAUACAUAAGGUCUUACAGGGUUCGGUCUAUACAUUAGUUUUAUUGAACAGGGUUCGGGUUCGGUCUAUACAUGAGUUUUAUUGAACAGGGUUCGGUCUAUACAUGAGUUUUAUUGAACAGGGUUCGGUCUAUACAUGAGUUUUAUUGAACAGGGUUCGGUUUAUACAUGAAUUUUAUUGAACAGGGGGACUAUACAUGAGUCUUAUUGAACAGGUUUCGGUCUUACAGGGUUCGGACUAUACAUGAGUCUUAUUGAACAGGUUUCGGUCUAUAUAUGAACCUUAUUGAACCGUGUUUGGUCUAUACAUGAGGCUUAGUUCGAUUUUAAACGUACAUAUGGUUCUAUGGUUCGUGUGAUUAAAAUAAUAGAUAGUUUGCUCUUUCUUUUAUCUUCAACCACGAAAGGAGGUAUUUGGUUUCACAACCAAGGACAAAAAGACGAAGAGGAAGACAAUCUUGGAUCGGGAAUCAACAAUGGAACGGCACGUACGCCUUUUUCUCAACAGGCUCUCACUUGCUUCCGUUGCCAUAGCCACAUUCAUCCUCCUCUUGCUCUUCCUCCAAACCCCAGAAACCUGCGUUCCCCCAAAUUCCCCUUCAAAACCUCAUCUCAGAUUCCCCAAAUCCUCCUGCGAUUCCUCUCCUCGCGAGCUCGUUUCCGUCGACAAGAAGAACAAGCGCCUCUGGUCCACCAAAGAUUGGCAGAAAAAGGUCUCCUCCUUCGUCCAAUUCUUCCACACCAUUCGCGAUCUAGGGCUUCUCCAUAACCACACCAAAGUCGUCUGUAUUUCUGCCGGAGCAGGCCACGAGGUCAUGGCGCUCUCUCAGAUAGGAGUCCUCGAUGUCACCGGCGUCGAAUUGGUCGAUUCACCGCCAUUGGUCAGUCGUGCUGAUCCGCAUAAUUUGCCCUUCUUUGAUCAUGUUUUUGAUUUAGCGUUUACUCCUCAUUUGGCCGAGGCCUUGUUUCCGUCUCAAUUUGUCUCGGAAAUGGAGAGAGCUGUUCGUCCGAAUGGUGCCUGUGUGAUCGUCGUGGAGGAAUGUGGAGAUGCUGAAGUUGGGGAGAUUGUAGGAUUGUUUACGAAAUCGCGAUUUGUUAAUUCGAUCAACGUGACGCUAACAGGGUUGAAAAUGACUCGCAUUCUAAUGAAAAGAAUUUCUCGAUAGAACGUUC